ACAAAGUUUCGUUAUUUGUAAGAAAUAAAGGAAACAUACAACAUAACCACUUCCCCCUAUCUCUGUUCUUAGUGGCUUACUGUGAAAAGGAGAAGAGUGAAACAAGAUCAGUUCAAACUGAGGGAAUCACUCAGCAGGGAGAUGGCUCUUCACUCUUAUCUGAUCUGGCUUGUUUGCCUCGGUGGAGUUCAGACCAGUGCCUACAGUUUAAGGAGGUGUUUUCGGCAUGCUGGUAAGCCCAUACGGAUCUCUUGUGUCAAUCAGCCCAUCAACGAAACACGGGCUGCUGUGCAAGACCUUCCUACCAACCUGGAGUGCCUUAACCUCUCCUCCAACCACAUCAAGAUCCUGCAACAGGGGGAUUUUGCUUCUUUUCCCAAGUUGACGCUUCUCCGUCUGGAUAUGAAUCAGAUUGAGGACAUCCAAGAAGGUGCUCUGCGGGGCUUGCAGCUACAGAGCCUAAACCUAUCGGAAAACAGGCUGACAAACCUGCCGUCAGAUUUCGGCACCAGUCUCUCCAAACUGACAUUACUUUUCCUGAGUGGUAACAAAUUCAGCAACCUUUCGGACAACCUUUUCAGGCCGCUUCUAAGGUUGCAUCUGCUAGACAUUUCUCAUAAUCCUCUUUCUAGCAUUACUUUUGUGUCCUGUCUUAUUUCUCUUCGAAAGUUGGUAGCCAGGAGUAUUGGACCCCAGAGCCUCGAGUCUCAAUUUUCACUGCCUGCCAAUAUAAAUGAACUAAGUCUGUCUUAUAAUAACAUAUCCAAGCUGGGACUUAACACAAGUGGAACCUCUAACAAGAUACUGAAGUUAGACUUAUCUAAUAACUCCAUCUCAAAAGCAAAGGAACUGACAUCAUUGUUUCUCCCUUCUCUGAUCUACCUGAAUCUUUGUGGAAAUCCAAUAAGCCUUCUGGAGCUACAGUCACUCCUCAAAAGCACGUGGGCUCCCAGACUUCUCAACAUCAGUCUUUGCUCAAUGUCUUACAAUGAUUCUGAGCAACUACAAAUGCUUUGUCAAGUUCUGUCCUCAAGACCCACUUGUCACCUAAAAUUAAACAAAAACUCAUUUAGGAAUGUCCAAGAGGCAUUCCAGAACUGUACCAAAAUCAAGUCCUUGGAUCUGUCUGACAACCAAAUUGAGGAGCCCAAACUUUUCCAAAGCAACCAGACCUUUUUGGAAAGCUUGAAACUGGCUCAUAACCGAAUCAGAAGUAUGGAUCUGUGUGCUCCCAGUGGAUCUGCCUGCCUCCCGAACCUCCUGAACCUCACUUUUCAAUUCAAUCGUCUCUAUUCCAUUGGUGAAAAUGCCUUCCAAGGACUCAGCAAUCUGCGCACCCUGUCUCUGGCUGUAAAUCAGAUCAUCUACAUUCACACACUGGCCUUCAAUGGUUUGCACAAGCUGGAGAAGCUGGACCUGAGCCGAAAUGCUAUAGGAGAACUUUUUGACUCCAUGCUCUACCAUGUUAACAAAAUCAAAAUUCUACUUGUGCGCAAUAACAGGAUCUCAGUACUCUAUAAAAAAACUUUCUGUUUCUUGACACAGCUUAGAAUCCUUGAUCUGGGUGGAAAUCAGAUCCAACGGAUUGAGGCGGACACCUUUUUGGGACUCAGCAAACUGGUCAACCUCUACCUGGACCGCAACCUGCUGAAAAGCCUCAGUGAAGGCAUAUUUAGAGGUCUCAGUUCCCUCCACAUCUUGGACUUGGCGAGCAAUAAUCUCCAAUACUCUGAGUUAAAGCUGGAGUAUCCAUCAUUUGUACACUUGACCAGCCUGCGCAGACUGAGACUUAAUCAUCAGCAGCCAUAUGGGAUUCACAUCCUACCUAGUAAUCUGUUUGCUGGACUUGACCACUUAAAUGACCUCGAUAUUUCUUCUAACAAGCUGUACUCCCUGAACACAUUGCCAUUUGCCAGCCUCAGUAACCUCACUGCACUUAAGAUGAGUGACAUGUGCAAUGGGGUGUCUCUGAUUCCCAAUGCAACUUUUGCCAGUCUUCAUAAGCUACAGAAAAUGGACCUGGAGAAUAUUGGGAUGACAGAGAUCCGAUCCGAAGUCUUUCACAGCCUAAGCAGAAGCCUUGUUAAACUUAACCUAAAGAAUAACAUGAUCCAGGUGGUGACUUUGAACCUUGCAGAGUUAUUUCCUCAUCUUGAUGAGUUGGACAUUUAUUAUAACCCUCUUGCAUGUGUGUGCGAAAAUGAAAAUUUCCUCAGCUGGACUCUGACAUCCUCAACUCAAGUGCCCUCAUUUUAUAAGAUGAAGUGUCCAACACUGCAGCCACACAAUUCGAAGUAUCUGUUCAACUUUGACCCGAGCAUCUGCUCUGCCAGGCUUGAGCUCCAGGCCUUUUGCAUCAGCUGUACGUUGGUCUUGUCAACAGUCAUCUUUAGCCUGGCUUAUUGUAAAGGACGUUGGUAUUUCCUUUAUGGAUACUACCUGCUCCGUGCCUGGAUCCAUGAAACCCACCUGAAAAGGCAAGGCCAACAAAGAUACAGGUAUGAUGCUUUUGUGUCAUAUAGCUCAAAAGAUGAAGUCUGGGUUCUAGAGCAGCUGUUGCCCAAUCUAGAGGGGAGUUCGGAUCAAGCUGACUGCCAGUUGUGCCUCCAUCACCGCGACUUUGUUCCCGGCAACCCAAUUGUGAGCAGCAUUGUGGAUGCAAUUUACACCAGUAGGAAAACACUGUGUGUGGUGUCUUCAAACUAUCUCCUCAGUGAAUGGUGCUCCAUGGAGGUACAGGUGGCCCUCCACAGGCUCUUUGAGGAGCAUCAGGAUGUCCUGGUCAUCAUUUUCCUUGAACCGCUAUCCCCUCACAUGCUCUCCGCUUACCACAAGCUACGCCGGAUUAUCCGUAAAAAGACAUAUCUACAGUGGCCGGAGGAUAUGAUUGGUCAGAAGUUGUUUUGGACAAAACUUAAGAGAGCUAUCCGACCUCAGGGAUCAAACAGUUUGGAUAUUGAGGGAAGUCUAGUGGGGUCACACCAUUAAACUCCCUUUAGAGAAGUAAUCCAGAUGUUUCAGCUAAGCAGAGUUCCAUUAAAGACACACUAGGUUCUUAUCAUCUCCUAAAAAUGUUCACUAUUUUUGGAUUAGAUUAGGCAUGUGCACAUCAAGAGAAAAUUUUGCAACUAAUUACUAUUUCUGGAAAAAGGAAGAAAGCAUUGGAGGUCCAAAAAUAAAAACAAGAGUCAGCGACAAUUGUGGAAAGUUUCCGGUGAUACCACAUAAU